CUAGAAAAUAGUUUUAAAUUUACUUGUUCUGUUAAAAUUAUUUAAAUUUACAAAACAAAAUAAUGCCGAACAAUUUAUUUUCUUCAAUAAAUAAUAGGCUUUUGCCAAUGAAAAUGCAUUAUUUUUUAUUUCAUUUGGGGACGGGAGCGAUUUUUGCAAACAUGGCUAUUAUAGCAAGGCAACAAGGACUUUCGUCGGGUGUUGUCGGAUUUUUAUUAACUACGCUCAAUUUAAUAGGAAUGAUAUCACGUCCUGCUUUUGGUUGGUUAGCUGAUCGUUUUAAACUACACAAAUCUAUUUUUAUAACCAUGCAAGGAAUAACCGCAUUAUCAUUUUUUUUAAUUUAUUUUGUGCCAUCAUUUUCAAGUAAUGUAACAGUAAAAAGUGAUGCUAAUAAUACAGAAAUAAUUUUUUGUCCAAGAAAUCCAGUAUGGGAUAAUUGUUUUGAUGAAAGAAUUCAAAAUUAUGAGUCGACAAUUUUCAAAUGUCAAUUGAGUUGUAAGCCUGAAACAUGGAUGGAAAAAAAUUUUUGUGAUUAUAAGAAUGAUGAGUGCAUUUUGAAUAUGAAAACUUUUCAAUAUGGAAUUUUUAUUGAUAUGAGAACAAUUGAAAAGAAUGCAACUUGUUUAGUUAUGAGAGAAUUUAAAAAUAUUUCAAACUUAAAUGCUUUUGGGUAUUUUGAAGAAGCACCAUUGUAUGCUAAAACUUACGAUGUGAACUGUGAAAUAAAUUGUGAAGAUAAUUUUUUGAAAAGUUCUUUGGUAAAUAGAGGAACUCUACCAGAUGAUGAAAUCACUCUGAAGUAUGAAUUCUGGAUCUUUUCCGGAUUAUAUUUACUUGGUUAUUCUGCUGCUUCUGUAGUAGUUAGUAUGGCUGACACGAUUUGUUUCGAUUUGCUAGGAGAGGAUAGUCAUUUAUAUGGAAGACAAAAGAUGUUUGACUCAGUUGGAUCAGGAAUUUCUUCAGUUGUCACUGGUAUUAUAAUUGAUGUAGUUUCCGGGCAAUCUCUGUUUAAAAAUUACACAAUUGUGUAUUUUUUGUGUUUAGUAUCGAUUUCUCUGAACAUGAUAUCAUCAAUCAGACUAAAUUUUACUCAAUCUAAAAAAGUAAAAAAUAUUAUAAAAGAUGUUGGAAAGCUGUUCGAAUCAAUAAAAGUAGUUACAUAUUUUUGUUGGUGUUGUUUUGCUGGAAUUUUUUCAGCAGCCAUUGGAAAUUUUCUGUUUUGGCAUUUAGAGGAAUUAUCAGACGAAAUCACACAAAAUGAAUGUGGCGGAAAUUAUAUUAAAACAAUAGAAGGUUUGUCUAUGUUCACGCAAACUUGUAUUGGUGAAAUACCAGUAUUCUUUUGGUCUGGAUAUCUUCUAAAAAAAUUUGGACAUGUUAAUUGUAUGCAUAUAAUUUUUGGAGCAUUUAUAGCUAGAUUUUUCUAUUAUUCACUUUUAUUAAAUCCAUGGUGGGUGUUACCAAUUGAAUUAUUAAAUGGAAUAACUUAUGGUUUAUUAUUGGCAACGAUGGCAUCCUAUGCUAAUUAUAUAGCUUUACCUGGUAUGGAAGCUACAAUACAAGGAUUAGUUGGUGCACUUUUCCAAGGGGUUGGAGUCUCAACUGGUACUUUUGUAGCAGGAUAUUUAUUUGAAUUUUUUACUGGAAACAUUGCCUUUAUGAUUUUUGGAAUUUUAGGUUUAAGUACAUUAAUAAUUCAUGUUUUAGUUCACGUAAUCUUUAAAAGUAAAUUUUAUUAA